CUUGGAUGUGUAGGACGUCACAUGUUGUUUUUCCUCUUCACUCCAGUCACUUAGCGAUAUGUGUUAUUUACUGUUAAACCGCUCCACGCAGCGAACGCGCACUCCGAGCCGGGUCCAUAAGAGAGUCUGACAGGAUUAAAACUGACUGACAGCACAAGUUAAGGAAAAGUGAGAGUUUUUCUUCACAGCAUAUAUGAGAAUGGCGAGUCCGCCGCCGACGGGAGGACAGCUGAUUUCAAAUAUGACCGUGAAGAACAACAACCACGUUAAGAAAUGCGGCUAUCUGAAGAAGCAGAAGCACGGACACAAGCGUUUUUUUGUGCUGAGGGAGCCGAGCGAGGGCUGUCGCGCCCGGUUGGAGUAUUACGAGAGCGAGAAGAAAUGGAAAAACAAGUCGGCUGCUAAACGGGUUAUACCUUUGGACUCGUGCCUGAACAUCAACAAGAGAGCCGAUGCCAAACACAAACACCUGAUCGCCCUUUACACUAAGGACGAGUAUUUUGCCGUGGCUGCCGAAAACGAGCAGGAACAGGAGGACUGGUACACGGUCUUAACGGAUUUAAUGAACGAGGGGAAAGUGAGCGACGGCUCCGCGAAUAAUUCGGCGUCAUCCCUCGUCGGCUUUGAUGAGGCGAGCUACGGCGUGAUAACGCCCGUCUCCGCCACUUACAAGGAGGUUUGGCAGGUCAAUCUGAAAUCUAAAGGACUCGGACAGAGCAGAAACUUAACGGGCGUUCACAGGCUGUGUUUAUCCAGCCGAACGAUCAGCUUCGUCAAACUCAACACGGAGGCGGCGUCGGUGAUUUUACAGCUGAUGAACAUCCGCCGAUGCGGACACUCGGACAGCUUCUUCUUCAUCGAGGUGGGCCGGUCCGCGUCUAUCGGACCCGGCGAGUUGUGGAUGCAGGCGGACGACUCGGUGGUGGCGCAAAACAUUCACGAGACUAUUUUGGAGGCGAUGAAAGCCAUGAAAGAGAUGUCCGAGUUUCGCCCGCGCAGCAAAAGCCAGUCCUCAGGUAGCAACCCCAUCUCUGUGCCCACCAGGCGGCACUUUAAUAACCUCCCGCCGAGUCAAACCGGGCUGCAACGGCGCUCCCGCACCGACAGCAUGGCAGCGACGUCUCCCGUGACGAAACUGACGUCUUGUAGGAUUCGCACGGCAAGCGAGGGCGACGGCAAACCCAUCAGCCCAGGUGUGAACAGGACGCACCUGAGCCGCUCCAACACAGUGACAGCUCGGCCAUGCAGAACAUUUGAGGCGUCAUCCCUGCAGCAUAGUAAAUCCAUGUGCAUGCCUGUGUCUCACUCCCCUCCCUCGGCUGCCAGCCCUGUCAGCAUGUCCUGUGGCAAUAACAUAGAAGGUGGACCUCGCCCCUCCAGCUGCACUGCUUCCAUUUCGGGCUCCCCCAGCGAUGCUGGCUUUAUCUCCUGCGAUGAGUGUGGCUCCAGCCCAGGUGAUAUACGGCAACUUUUAGCAGCGAACCGAAGCUACACACCUGAGUCACUCACUGACACCCCCCCCAGCGACCUGCACGGAUAUAUGAUCAUGGAGAGGCCCAAUAGCUGUGGACGGAGAAGCAUCCGGGCAGCAGUUGAGGAAAGCAGAGGAGAUCUGGAGAAUGCCUACAGGAAGAGGACACACUCCCUCACCAUGCCUUACCAGAAGAGGGUGCAAUCACAAGUGUCCUCAGCUUCACUGGACGAGUACACGCUCAUGAGAGCCACUUACACAACUGGAGGCCAUUCGGGGCGCAGCUCUCACAACGCAUCCCCAAAAGUCACAUACCCCGAGGAUUACGGGGACAUCGAAAUCGGAUCAUUACUGAAAAGUUCCAGCAGUAAUCUGGGCGAUGAUGGCUACAUGCCAAUGACGCCAGGUGUGGCUCCACAAGGGGGGAAGGCUGACAACUACAUGCCUAUGAGCCCAAUGUGCGUUUCUGCUCCGAAGCAGAUAAUCAACCCCAGGACGCACCCCCUCACUAUAGCUAAUGGUUACAAAACCAAUUCCCCCAGCAGCUGUUCUCUGGAUGACAGUGGCUACAUGAGGAUGCUGUGCGGCUCUAAGUUUUCCAUAGACAGCACGGAUGGGAAACUGACGAACGGUGAGUACCUCAACAUGUCGCCUGCAGAUUCGGUCACGCCACCAGACUACUACCUGAGCCCUGUGGGUAUGGAGCAGUCUCCCUGUCUCCGACAACUUCACUCGUUUAACUCUUUGCCCCGCUGUUAUAAGCCCCAACAGAUGCUAAAGGAUGCGGACAAUGAUCAGUAUGUUGUCAUGAAUCCUCAAAGUCACAGGAUAAUAGAGGAAUCUGUAAACACAGCAUCCCCAUCUCCUCUAAGACAAAGCCGCACAGACAGCCUCAUCCUCCGGCACAGGAUCAGCCGGCCAACCCGCCUCUCCUUGGACACGUGCCGGACAUUACCUAGCAUGAAUGAGCAUCCCCUCCCCUCCGAGCCAAAAAGCCCUGGCGAGUACAUAAACAUAGACUUUGGACAUGUUGCUGAAAGUUGCACUCCACCCUCCACUGUUUCCUCCGAGAGCCCAGCCUCAUCCCUUGGAUCCUGCGCCGAUCACAGGACGUCCCCCAUCUCUGAUUAUAUGAACAUUGAUGUGAGUUUGCAGUCACCCAAAUCUGGAAACGCUGCUCCAUCUGAUUGUUUGGAGCCCCUUCCAGAGCUCACAUCCUGCCCCGCCCACCCUGAGGAAGAGGAGGAAGAUGAGAGGUACCACCUCACUGCACAGGUGGAACCGGUGGGCCCGGUCGACAAAGCUAAAGAUGAUUACACAGAGAUGACGUUCGGCGUGCCCGCUUCCCCUCCGCAGCCUGUCUUGCAGCCCUCAGAAGGUGGGCAGACCAUCAGCCCAUCCUCCUGUAAGCAGAGGCUGACCGUGGAAGAGGCUGUGGAAGUGCCUGCCGUUGAGGCUUUUCUGCUGCGUGGCACCACUUUGGCCUUGGUGGACCCUGACCGGGGGGCCAAGGUGAUUCGUGCCGACCCCCAGGGGCGCAGGCGGCACAGUUCAGAGACAUUCUCCUCAACCACCACCGUAACAGCAGUUUUUCCUUCAUUCGCACACGACGCCAGGCGGCACGGUUCGGCCUCUGUGGAGAACGUGUCUGUUUCUGUGAGGAACAGCGAAGGAUCGGAUGAAGAGUAUAACAGUCCCAUGUGCAGGGAGACGUCAGCUGGCUUUCAAAAUGGACUUAACUACAUUGCCUUAAACUUGAUGGAUGGAGGACUUGCCAGCUGUGAUUCUCUUGUCCGGUUCAAAGCUGCCAGCUGCUGUAAAGAGGGCAUCAAUGGAAUACAUGCCAGUCCGUAUGCCAGCCUUGGGUUUAAGGAGACGGCAACAACAGUAAAAGACUAAACAGAGCCAGUCUCUUCAUUAAAGCUCCUUCAUCUCCAUCGAGAGGAGAAGAGGAGGCGCUCAUGUGGACAGAUGGACCACGUUGCUGCUGCUUCUUCAGCUCUUUGCUGAUCCUUGACCUCCCGAAUCCAUUGGAAUGGCUGUCGUCACAGCAACACGGACACUUGACCACAGCUCGAGGCAUGACGUUGACUCAAAGACACAAAGGCGGGACUUCCUGUCCAUCUGUUACGCACUACAAUUCCUUCCCUCAGUUUUUUGUGUUAUGGACCCUUUUCACUGGUUUGUUACGAGCUCUGGACUUCGAGUGGCCAGUGUCCCCCAACAACCGAACCCCCCCCCACCCACCACCAAAACCUGUGAACCAAACACGAGGAGAGACAUCAGAUCCGCACACGCACGAAUACACACGUCGCUUAUUUAUUUACCCCUUGCAUUUACGGCGUGCAUGCGUGCGUGUGUUCGCAACACUGCACACAGGUGGCAUUACAGAAAUUUACUCAACAAUUGGAAAUCGGAAAAAAAAAAACCUACCUCAGAACGAGCCAGGUCAUGACUUACAAAAAGAAUAUAUAUUGAGAAAUUAAUUUAUUUUUUAAAAAUGAAUGUUUUCUUAAAAAACAAAAAACAAAAAAAACCACCAAUCCAAAGCCUUACUGACUGUACUGUCACACAGUGUUUUCUGGAGGACCUGCAUACACUCAUGAGAGUAUCAAAGAUUACUGUUUGCCAUGGUAAUGAAUGUCUUGUACUGCAGCGGAGGAAGGUCUUGCGCUGCAAUCAAAGAUCUAUUAAUGUUAUUUUGCAUUCUACACAGAUAUUUAAAGGAUUUUAAUAUAAUACUAUUUAUAGGAGCUGGUAAAGGACCGGAUGGGUGGCCGCCUGCCCACCACCUCGCACAUAUGCAAAGCAGGCUUCCAGAGCAGAGGAGUUAUCAGUUUUGGAACAAAGCCACAUGCGAUUAACACACAACCCUUACGGUACGCUAGAUGAAUGAUGUCAUGCGCCUCAGGUCAGAGAGAGGAGUUCCUCACCUCAAGCCUAGGCACGCUAGCACACUUUAACUCACUGUCUUUAACAGCCCAAAAGCCUCUGCUGACUUGCCCUCUCUCACUGCUCUGAACACACAGGCUUCCCUUUGCCUUACACCCGCACCCGUCGGCUCAAGAGAGAGUGAUAGUUUCAGGGAUGUCUCAGAAGGCCUGACACCAUUAAUGCUGCUCCCUACCGUCAGACAGGGAUAGACUCGUCAGAACCAAUGCUUUGUCUUGCACUUACAAACUCCUUAGAUUGUAACACAAGACACUUUUGAAUGUAGAGUAUUCUGGUGAUCUCCGCAGGAGACCAAACGCAUGGCCUAAACAUCCACCAAUAGAGGCAGAGUCAUACGCAAGCAAGUUAAACAAAGUACAACAUACACACACAACUUGACUUAAGUAUAUGAAAAUGUUGCCUAGAAAGCUGUACAUAGUGUAUAAAGAGAUUGCAACUGACGUUUUUAAGUUAAAGAUGAUAACUUAUGUCUUUUUGUAUAUAGAUAUAUAUAUAUGGUACAUGUUUGAAUGAAUUUCCCCCAAACAACUAAAGCACUAAUGAAGGUACUUGCCAAAGGCUGAACUUUGGCCUGGCACUUUUCUUUUCUAAUUCUUCAGUACGUUUGUAAAAGUAUGUACACUGUAUGAUAAAUGCCACUUUGAGGAUAUUUGAUAAUGCUAUGACAUAAAAAUAAAUAAAAUUCAGUGAAUGAUACUUGAUAUUACAAAAAUAGGUACAAAUUCACAAACGGCAUAUGCAAUAUUUACACUUUUUUAAAGAUUAGUUUACAGAAAGGAACCAAAUGUAUAAAUACUGUGUUAAUAUAUUUAAAACCUUAAGAAAGUUUUUUGCUGUACACCUGUUUUUCUGCCAACUUUUAAAUGGAAAUGUGUUUUUCUUUUUUUUCCUCAUUGUUCUUUUUUGCUGUUGAAUCCUAACAGUAAUUUAAGCAGUGUUCUUAUGCGAAUGCUGUUUCUCAGUAUGGAAAGCUUGAAUAUUUCAAUGCCUGAGCGAGUUGUUUUUUUCUUUCUUUUUUUUUUCUGUGUCUUCCAUUGUAUAUACUCCAUAUUCUUUGCAUUGUGAUGCUACUUAGAAAUGAUAAUUUAAACUUAGUGUAAUUAGCAUUGCUUUAGAACUGUAUUGAUUCUGAAUAGCCACAUGCAAUAAAAAAGUAACAUUAUUUAAGAAA